UUGCCUCUCAAUUCCUUGAUGGGACAUUUUUUUAAAAGAACAGGAACAGCAAAGCCGCAGAAGCUGCCUGUUCCAUUGUCCCCACAAUGGAAAAUACCCUCCUCUUAAAAACAUCACUUUUUGUUUCUUGUACAUUUUCAUGUUUUCCAGGUUUAUUAGUAUGUGUUUGGGGGCGAGAGAGAGAGAGUAGAUGGGUGCCAAGCUGUUCCUUCAGAUCACUGGUGAAUGUUUAACUCUGAGCAACAGGUGAGUCAUGCCUUCAGUCCCCCCCAAGAACGGUGUUGAGCAGGGCCUGAUGAAACUGGAGGGGAGUACCAAGUUUUCGUCUGGAAGUCAACAGUCAACUGAAGACGAGACCAGCAUCUGGUCAUCAUCUGUCCGCAUGAGCGGGGAGGACAGCUCUAUGGAGAGGAAGUGGAUCAGUCCCGACCUGCCCAGCAAGUGUACCUGGCGCCUAGGGAGCUCAGCUGCCGAGUCGCCUCACUUCUUUCCCGAAAGGACGAAAGCCUCCAGUAUCCUGCCCAACAUCCUCAAGAAAAUAGGGGAGACUCCUCUGGUCCGCAUCAACAAGAUUUCCGAGACUUUUGGGCUCAAGUGCGAGCUGCUGGCGAAGUGCGAGUUCUUCAAUGCGGGUGGCAGUGUGAAGGACAGGAUUAGCCUCCACAUGGUGGAAGAUGCUGAGAGGGACGGGAUCCUCAAACCAGGGGACACCAUCAUCGAGCCCACAUCCGGCAACACUGGUAUUGGUCUGGCCCUGACUGCUGCUGUGAAGGGCUACCGCUGCAUUAUUGUCAUGCCUGAGAAAAUGAGCAUGGAGAAGGUCGACGUGCUAAGAGCCUUGGGUGCAGAGAUUGUCCGGACGCCAACUAGUGCUCGUUUUGACUCCCCUGAGUCCCACGUGGGUGUUGCCUGGAGGCUAAAGAACGAAAUCCCCAACUCUCACAUCCUGGACCAGUAUCGCAAUCCCAGCAACCCCCUGGCUCAUUAUAGCACUACAGCUGAGGAGAUCCUGGACCAAUGCGAUGGUAAAGUGGACAUGCUGGUGGCUGGAGCGGGCACAGGGGGCACCAUCACGGGCAUCGGUCGAAAGCUCAAAGAGAAAUGUCCAAACAUCAAGAUAAUUGGAGUGGACCCUGAGGGCUCAAUUCUGGCAGAACCAGAGGAGCUCAACAAGACAGAUAAGACCCAGUAUGAGGUAGAGGGCAUCGGGUACGACUUCAUUCCUACUGUGCUGGACAGAUCCGUGGUGGACCGCUGGUAUAAGUGCAACGAUGAGGAGUCUUUUGCCAUGUCUCGCAUGCUCAUCAGAGAUGAGGGUCUCUUGUGCGGGGGCAGCUCAGGAAGUGCCAUGGCAGCUGCAGUGAAGGCAGCCAGGGAGCUGAAGGAAGGACAGCAUUGUGUGGUUAUCCUGCCCGAUUCCACCCGUAACUACAUGUCCAAAUUCCUGAGUGACAAAUGGAUGUGUGACAAAGGAUUCCUUAGGGAGGAGGACAUCAUGGUCUCGAAGCCCUGGUGGUGGAAUCUGAAGCUCCAGAAUUUGAACCUGUCUGCUCCUUUGACUGUCCUGCCCACUGUCACCUGCCAGAAGACCAUCAGGAUUCUAAAGGAGAAGGCCUUUGACCAGGCUCCCGUGGUUGAUGAGUCUGGGUUGAUUUUGGGCAUGGUUACACUCGGGAACAUGCUCUCGUCUGUCCUGGCAGGAAAAGUGAAACCUUCUGACCCGGUCAGCAAGGUCCUCUACAAGCAGUUCAAACAGAUUCAUCUGACUGACAAUCUGGGCAAAUUGUCCCGUAUUCUUGAAACAGAUCACUUUGCCCUGGUGAUCCAUGAGCAAAUACAGUACAUGGCAGAUGGCUCCUCUAACCUUAAGCAGAUGGUGUUUGGAGUUGUGACAGCCAUUGACCUCCUCAACUUUGUCACAGCCCGGGAGAAGAGGGAGCGCUCCGUGUCGGAGUGCACCGAAGAUCUCUAGCAGCUUCCCGUGUGAAAGAGCAUGGUCUAGUACCACAAAGACACCAGCUCUCUCACGCCCUUUGAGCACUGCUGCUGACACUGAUGUCACAGUGUCUAAGUAAUUGGGAUCAGUGAAGAAGUCAGGAUGUUUAUAAGGCUUUCCUAUCAGUUAUGGGCAAUUCUGGUUUGUCACGUGAUUUCCAUGAUGCUUUAGGUCAACGAGUCUCAACCCUGACAACCCACUGUGUAUGUUUUUGUUUAGAAUGUAUUGACUUGGACUUAGCUGAGCUUUUAAUGUUGAAUGGAAUGAGUGUAAACCGUUAAAUGAACACAUUAGCACUUAAGUCCUUGGCAUACUUUGCAUUGCUCAAGCAGUGCUUGGCUAUCUACUGCAUUUUUUUAAAACACUCAAAAGUAGUCUGGAUGAAUAUAUUGAUUUCAGUGAGUAUGUACUCAUAAUUCUUUUGUUUCUAAAAUUUUGUUGAAUCAGUUGUCUGCAUUUUGUAGCUUCAUGUUCACUGAUUUAAUUUUCAGUGAUCCAGCAAUUGGAACAUUUGGUUAAAACAAGUGUAUCUGCGUAG